GCACUAGCAACAGCAACAGCAAGUGGACAGUGUAACUCAUAAUUCUUUCGUCAGAUAUUCACUAGACUGUCCAUGUGUGAAGACAAACGACUGCCGUGGAAUCAUACAUGUCGACGGCGCAAAGGCCUACAAGCCAACCAUCACCGCUGCAACUGUCGAAGAUGAAUCGAUGAUAGACUUGUCGCAAACCUGCCUGUCAUUUUGCAGCAUUAGCAUCGACCGUCAACAUGGGCCAAGGCUACUCAGUCACCACUCUGUCUGCUGGGUCAGCCGGUAUCGAUGCCCAGGAGCUGGCCGAUCUGACAUACGAGAGGUCUCUUGGGAAUGCUCGGUUCAUGAAGACUAUUCGUGCUCGGCAUAGAGAUGGUUUGGUCGUCGCAAAGGUCGUUAUGAAAGCGUAUACAAGUAUGGAACUGAGCAAAUACGUGAAGAUACUAUUGUAUGAGCGCAAACUCCUCGCAGAAGUUCCAAAUGCUUUGGGUUAUCAUCGGAUUCUAGAGACAGGCACAAACGGUUAUCUGGUGCGACAGUACAUCCAUAGCUCACUUUACGAUCGUAUGAGUACGCGUCCCUUCCUGGAAGAUAUUGAGAAGAAAUGGAUUGCUUUCCAGCUGCUUUGCGCCGUCAGAGACUGCCAUGCGCGUAACAUCUACCACGGCGACAUCAAAACCGAGAACAUCCUUGUGACCUCGUGGGGAUGGCUAUAUUUGUCCGACUUUUCGUCCUCCUUCAAGCCCACUUACCUACCAGAAGACAACCCAGCCGACUUCUCCUUCUAUUUCGACAUUUCUGGUCGCAGAACGUGCUAUCUAGCCCCGGAGAGAUUCUUGUCAUCAGGGACGCAACCAGAUGACUCAGGCCGUAUCAACUGGGCGAUGGAUAUAUUCAGCGUUGGAUGUGUCAUCGCCGAGCUGUUCCUCGAGACCCCUAUCUUCUCGCUAAGCCAGAUCUUCAAAUAUCGCCAAGGAGAGUAUGAUCCAGAUCACGUGCAUCUAAACAAGAUUACCGACAAAGACAUUCGUGAAUUGGUCCGUCACAUGAUUCAAGUCGAGCCAGAAGCACGAUAUGCUGCCGAUGAGUAUCUCAAUUUCUGGCGAAAAAAGGCAUUCCCUGACUACUUCUACAAUUUUCUGCAUCAAUAUAUGUAUGCCAUUACAGAUCCAACAUCGGGCAGAAAAGCAGUCAGUUCUGGACAUGAAAAUUUUGGCGAAUCUGACGACCGUAUUGAGAAGAUCUACAAUGACUUCGACAAGAUCUCGUACUUCCUGGGGUCAGACAACGGACCAGAGCAGUCAAAACCUGUGAAUGCAGCACCUAGAGCAACCGGGUCUUUGUUUCCCCUACAUAUCGCCAUCCCCAAUUACAAACGUCAGAUCAAGGUCGCCCAUCCAGCAGUCGAUGAUGGUACAUUGAUCUUUCUAACCCUCAUUGUAUCUUCUAUUCGUAGCACUGCACGCGCCAGUGCCCGAGUUCAAGCUUGUGAACUAUUACUUGCCUUUGGCGAGCGAACUACAGACGAGGCAAAGUUGGACCGUAUUGUACCGUACAUUAUGUCGCUUUUGGUGGAUCCCUCCGAUCUGGUAAAGGUCGCAGCUUUACGAACUUUGACACAACUGCUUACCACGGUCAAUGUUGUGUCUCCGAUCAACGCAUCCAUAUUUCCAGAGUACAUAAUGCCUCGCCUUCAACCAUUUGUACCGGGUCAUAAGUCAAAGCCCAGCGCUCUGAUUAGAAUGACAUAUGCGACAUGUCUUGCACCUUUGGCAACAACGGCAGCCCGAUUUCUGGAUAUGAUGCAGGCUCUAAGAGCAGACGGGACGUUGCCAACAAGCGACCCGGAAGCAGAGAGCGACACCAUCAGCGAUUCCGUCUAUCAAAACCUCUUUGAUGUGGCACGAAUGGAUCUAGUGAAUCAAUUCGAAACCCAGACUACAGCUUUGUUAGCAGAUACUGACUCAGCUGUCCGGAGAGCAUUUCUCGGCUCAGUGUCAACGUUAUGUGUUUUCUUUGGAAGUACAAAGGCCAGCGACGUCAUUCUGAGUCACUUGAAUACAUAUCUCAACGACAAGGACUGGAUGUUGAAGUGUGCAUUCUUCGAAACCAUAGUCGGCGUUGCCACGUAUGUUGGAGGCGCGAGUCUGGAAGAAUUCAUACUUCCUCUCAUGGUACAAGCGUUGACUGAUCCGGAAGAAUUCGUUGUGGAGCGGGCCCUUAGAUCGCUAUCGUCUAUGGCCGAGCUGGGGUUGUUCCAAAAGUCCAAGACGUGGGAACUGGUCGAUGUUGUUGCGCGGUUCACCAUGCAUCCAAACCCCUGGAUACGCGAAGCAGCAGCGCAGUUUGUCUCUGCUGCCACCACCUAUCUCUCAGUCGCAGACAGCCACUGCAUAGUAGUUCCACUGAUAAAGCCUUAUCUCAAAGUUCUUCCUUCUGAUCUCUCCGAAUCACGGCUACUCGACGCGUUGAAAAAGCCACUACCAAGGCUUGUACUUGAGAUGGCCUCGAAUUGGGCCCUGACUGCAGACAAAGGUCUCUUCUGGGCUCAUGCGAGGCAACAGAAGACAUUCGUUUUUGGAUCUGCGGAUGAAACUAUACCCACGGUAUCUGCGAAAGAUCUUGGGCCACAGGCUUUGAGCCGCAUGCAAAAGAACGAGGAAGAUGAGCAAUGGCUCACACGCCUGCGAAAUGCAGCCAUGUCAGUUGAAGACGAGGUCAAACUUCUCGCUUUGCGGGAGUACAUAUGGCGCGUGUCUCAUCGGAGAGCGAAGCCAGAAUUCGAAGACGAACCUACACAGUUCAAUCGCGUCAUAAAUCUCAUUGACGAUCUCAAGAUCAACCUUCAAACAGUUUUCUUUGAUGAAAUUAACAAGGCUUUCGAAGAAGGCAAUAGCGCGAAACAACACGACGAUAAGGGUCCGCGGACGAUCACAGAUGCUUUGCUGGAUGCAUCCACCAAUGCAGAAGACCCGCUGGCGCAUAGGAGAGCCUCACAUAUCAACAGUCGUGCAGAAAGACUUGCGCGAGAGGAUCGCAAGCGGCGUGCCUCAGACACAUCCAUGCAAGCGACCUCACCAAUCCCUACAGACGAGCCUUCCACCGACGAAGGUAGUCGACGCGAGUCUGUGCAAAUGCGCAAGUCCCGUAGCCAGGCCUCACCAAUUGAACAGUCUCCAGUAGGCUCUGUAGGUACCAUCAAACUUGGUGAGAACGGUCUUGGGAUUUGGUACAAGGGCAGUGCCAUCAGUCUCCUGAGUCGAGGGGACUUGGGGAGCAAAGCCUAUGCCGAAACAUCGACAACAUCAGCCAAUGCAUUCGGCAAAGUCGAUGGAGGUUCGUCGCGGGACGCAUCAACAAGACGUCGAGCUGCCUCUCCGCCUCUCGCGAUCGCCCAGGAACGCAACAAGAUCGACCCGAAAACGAUCAGAUACCAGUCAGCGCAUUCAUAUACCGGGCAUGACCCAAGUAUACUGAAGCUGCUCGACACGCUCUUCUUGGAGAACUACCCGGUAGACUACACAGAAUUCGGCCCUACCGUCGCCAACUUCAGCAUGCGGCAACCCAUCCGUCGCGACACAGGUCAAACCAGCAACACCCCUUGGCGUCCCGAAGGCGUGCUCGUUGCCAUGCUAGGCGAGCACACCGCAGCAGUGACCCGCCUCGCCGUAUCGCCAGACCACGUCUUCCUCGUCACCGGCUCCGCGGACGGGUCCGUCAAGAUCUGGGACACGGAACGCCUCGAACGCAACCUCACCCACCGGUCCCGCCUCACCUACACGCUCUCCCCCGGCGCCGCCGUCACAAGCCUCUGCUUCCUCGAAAACACCCACUGCCUCGCCGUCUCCGGCUCCGACGGCAGCAUCACCAUCCUCAAGAUCCCCGUCACCAAGAUCAAAGACACCACCCGCUACGGCAAGAUCCUCGUCCUGCGCGAAUACCAACUCGACACCCCCAACGAACACACCACCUGGUCCGAACACUACAAACUCGACGCCCACUCCAUCCUCAUCCUCGCCACCUCCGCCUCCCGCAUCCUCGCCCUCGAACUCCGCACCAUGGCCCUCCUCUACGAGCUCAGAAACCCGCUCCACCACGGCUCCCUCUCCGCCUUCGUCCUCGACCGCAGACGCCUCUGGCUCCUCGCCGGCACCUCCCACGGCGUCCUCGUCCUCUGGGACCUGCGCUUCAAACUCCGCCUCCGCGCCUGGGGUCUCCGUGCCGCCCUCCCCAUCAACCGCAUCUGCCUCUACCCCUCCCCUCCCUCCUCCUCUCCCUCUUCCCGCUCCUCAAAGGCCGCCCGCCGCAUCAUCAUCGCCGGCGGCUCCGGCCCCACAGACAUCUCCGUCUGGGACCUCGACAAACGCACCUGCUCCCUCGUCUUCCGCGCCGCCGCUCACCCCCAUCCAUCCCCGAGCCCUGGCUCCACCCCCGCCAUCUCCACCCCCACCACUUCCAAAUCCACCGCCCUCCGCGCCCCAGAACUCAUCGACAUCGACGACGAACGCCCCGGCGGCAUGCUAGGCCGCUUCGCCGGCUCCGUCGAGCCCGCGCCUUCAAGCACCAGCAGUAACAACAACAGCACCAGCAGCACCAGCAGCGGUGUACGCGCAAUCGCCGUCGGCGCACAUGUCCCUGCUGACAGCAGCAGUGGUAGUAGUAGUAGCAGUGAGCCCAAGGGCUUCUUCGUCAUCAGCGCAGGCCCAGACUGGAAAGUCCGCUUCUGGGACGGCACACGUGUGGAUCCUGGCGCUGGCGUGGCGGGGAGUGGGAAUACCAGUUCUGUCAUCAGCGGCCUGGAAUACGAAGAGGGGAAGCCCGCGUAUGAAGUGCGGAGGGCAGAGGGGAGUAUAGGAGGGACGGUCGGGGUCGGGGAGACGGUUGUUGUGGUGGAGAAGGCUGGGGGUCGUGCUGGUGGUAGUGGUAUUAGUAGUGAGGAGAGGAAGGGGAAGAAGACGGGCACGGGAACGGGAACAGGGACGGGCAAGACGGGCAAGACGGGCGUGGUGAGUGUGCAGCAGCAGCAUUUGUUGCAGAGCCAUUUGGAUGAGAUUAUGGAUGUGGCGCUGGUGGAGUGGCCGUAUGGGAUGGUGGUGUCGUGUGAUCGGGCUGGGUUUACGUAUGUUUGGCAGUAGGGCCUGUUGGUGGUGGUGGUGGUGGUGGUGGUGGUGGUGGUGGUGGUAGCCUUACAAGAGGAGGUAGUUGGUAGUGAAGAGUAGAUAGUGAAUAGUAGAUACUAAGUAGUGAGUAGUGAGUAGUAAAUAGGAUUGAUAGAACCUAAGUGGUCAGCCCUUUGGGGGUUCGGUCGCACAGCAUGCGAAUCGUCAGAUCGGUUUUGAUUCUACAUGGUAGGUAGGGUUAGUAAGAUUCGCUCCAAAAGUGAAACAUAUUUUCUAUUUUCUUGGCCUCACUCAAAGGAG